AUGGCUCCACUGUUCCGCCGCUCCGUUCUGCUGAGGGGCGUCACUUUCCUGCUGUUCCUGAGCUCAGUGGUCGCCCGCUCAAACCCCACCCUGGACCGCGCGCCUGAGUUGGAUGGUGCCCUCCAAUCUACUUUGGGCAAUCAUCUGAGCCACUCCAGGGAGCUUCUACAGGAAGCUGGCGAUCCCUUCCCCAGUGUAACGGCGCUGGUCUAUCUCGUCAACGACUGCGCCUCCCCAAUCAUUGUCUCCUUUGCGAGCAAUCAGAGCAACGGCAACUUUUGGCGCAUCGUCCGGCCGGAGAUGGGCGAUUCGCUGGAGCCAGCGCCUUGGCAGCUCGACUUGGCGCCCGGGGGGACCCAAAACAACCUGCUGCUGGUCAACACCUCCCCAAAACCGACGGGAGUCCCGCGCUUCGGGACCAUUGUCGCGGUCUUCGCCGAAGUCGAUCUGCCCAGCUUCCCUCCGCCCAACAUCGACGGAUUUCCGUUCGGCUUCGACGGAAUCGCCAUCACCAGCUACAGCGACUCCUUCAUCAACACCCUCCCGGGCGGCCCCGGGUUCCUCACCUUCACAACCAGGAGCGCGACCGAACGACCCGAGCAACAUUUUCGUGACGAUCACUUCGUAACGGCGCUGGUCUAUCUCGAGAACGACUGCGCCUCUCCGAUCAUCGUCUCCUUUGCGAGCAAUCAGAGCAACGGAAACUUUUGGCGCAUUGUCCGACCGGAGAUGGGCGGGGAGUCUCUGGAGCCGGCGCCCUGGCAGCUCGACCUAGCGCCCGGGGGGACCCAAAACAACCUGCUGCUGGUCAAUACUUCCCCAAACCCGACGGGAGUCCCGCGCUUUGGGACCAUUGUCGCGGUCUUCGCCGAAGUCGAUCUCCCCAGCUUCCCUCCGCCCAACAUCGACGGAUUUCCGUUCGGCUUCGACGGAAUCGCCAUCACCAGCUACAGCGACUCCUUCAUCAACACCCUCCCGGGCGGCCCCGGGUUCCUCACUUUCACAGCCAGGAGCGCGACAGACGACCCGAGCAACAUCUUCGUGACGAUCACUUGUGGGCCUCCGCAAGCGCCCGGGACAACGCCCCCGGCGACUCCCCCGGUUACGACUCCCCCGGUUACCACUCCUCCGGUUACGACUCCCCCGGUGACAAGUACCCCGGUGACCACUCGCCCGGUCACUACUCCCCCGGUCACUACUCCCCCGGUCACUACUCCCCCGGUCACGACCCCGCCCGCGACAACUCCCCCUGCCGCCCCGUUCCCCAGCGUAACGGCGGUGGUCUAUCUUGAAAACAACUGCGCCUCUCCAAUCAUCGUCUCCUUUGCGAGCAAUCAAAGCAAUGAAAAAUUUUGGCGCCUUUUGGGCGAAUCUCUGGAGCCGGCGCCCUGGCAGCUCGACCUAGCGCCCGGGGGGACCCAGAAUAACUUGCUCCUGGUCAACACCUCCCCGAACCCGACUGGAGUCCCGCGCUUUGGGACCAUUGUCGCGGUCUUCGCCGAGGUCGAUCUGCCCAGCUUACCUCCGCCCAACAUCGACGGAUUUCCGUUCGGCUUCGACGGAAUCGCCAUCAGCAGCCACAGCGACUCCUUCAUCAACACCCUUCCGGGCGGCCCCGGGUUCCUCACCUUUACAGCCAGCAGCGCGUCAGACGACGCGAGCUACCUUGUGGUCACGAUCACUUGUGGCCCUCCCCAAGCGCCCGGGACAACGGCCCCGGCCACGACGCCCCCGGUUACAACUCCCCCGGUUACGACUCCCCCGGUCACGACUCCCCCGGCCACCACUGCCCCGGCCAAGACUCCCCCCCCUCCCACUCCCGCGCCGACACCGAAGCGUAAGGUUCUCCCAGCCCUGCGUUUCCGUUUCCUUGCGGUGAUGCCACUUGACGCGUAA